GUCGGCCGCCCAUCCCGCUCAGCUCGUCUAUAUUUGCGGUUGAGCACUAUGAACGAAAGUUGGACCAUGUGCGCUGGAAAAACUCGCUUAUUCAACAAUGUUGCAAUACGAUUGAAAAGUAUUGAGGAAGCUAACGAGUAUGCGGAGUCGAUCGCUGAGCAGAUUUGCGUCACAAUCAAGCUGUGCAUUGAUAAAGAGAUCCCCGUGCAAAAUGUGGAGCGCAUGCCACUUCCAAAAUCAUCUACAGCAGCUAGGAAAGCCCUGACAUCUGUUACCGCGGCAUUGAAAAAUCGCAUGCUCAGACCGCCCCUUCGGACGAACCCGACCAAAUUCAACAGUUGGGAAAUGCAUCUUUUUUGGUCAAAACUUCGAAGCGGUUUGGUUCAGGCAAAAAUCUUGAAGCUGAAGGCAAAGCUGCGCUAG